UUGUCCAUUUGAAAUAAAAGAAAUGUCACAAUAAGUUAAAUCAAACCAAAUAAGACGAACUGUUUCUUUUAGAGACACUUUUUUCUAGACACUUUUAGCUUCUUAUACGCAGAUAAUCAUAAAGUCUCUUAUUUUAGACUAAAAAACUGUAGCAGUUCAAACUCAACCGGCUUUCUUCCCUCGAUUGGCUUGUUCUUUAUUUUCUUGAACAUGAUAGUUGUUACUGGAGAACAAGCAAUAUGCAUGUUUUUCUGCGAGGAAUACAACGGAGAUAAUGUCGAAAAACUAACUAAAGAAGUUGAUGAUUUUGUAAAUAGUAAAAUCUGCUAUACAGAAGAUCCAACAAAACCGAUCAUUUUAAGCAAAAGAACUAUCAGCCAAAACCCAUUUUUAUACCACAAGUAUCCUUCCAGAGAAUCAGUAGCCAACGACAUUACAAUUGAGGAACAAAAACUACAACUCAUAAACAGUCAUGCAAGACUUUUGCUAUAUUUGAUAGGAACGACCUACAAAAGAUACAACAAUUCAAGUGCAGAACGGGUUUUGAACAAAGGUCAAAAUAGGGCAAUUUCUCAACACUGUGUUAUAAAGAUCAUAGUCAGUAGUCAAAAUGAUGUAGUUACUCUUAUAUACCAAAAUAAAGAUAUUGCUUAAGCUAG